CCUGCCUGGCCAACCUCAUCAUUAUCGUCUUCUCCAGUCGCCAUCCUCUUCAAGCUCACUUUGCUUCCCUCUGCCUCUUCCCGUACUGAUCCUCACAGCUUUGCGGAACCUCAACUCGGCUUCUACCUGCUUGCAUCUGGUCGUGGAAGCGCCUGUACUGUUUGAUACUCUUCUCUUCGUGUUCAUCUCGUCGGUGGCGCAAGAUGAAGCUCACCUUCAAGGAUCUGAAGCAGCAAAAAUUCGUCAUCGAAGCUGAGCCUUCGGAGACAGUUGGCCAGGUGAAGGAGAAAAUUGCGCAGGAGAAAGGAUGGGAUGUUGCUCAGCAGAAGCUAAUUUACUCCGGCAAGAUCUUGCAAGAUGCCAACACUAUUGAGUCGUAUAACAUCGAGGAGAAGGGGUUCAUAGUGUGCAUGGUUUCUAAGCCCAAGACAGCACCCUCUGCCGCUGCCUCAACUUCUCAAGCGCCCUCAACUCCAGCCAGAGCUGCUGCCUCGACGCCUGCCGCUCCCCAAGCACCUGCUCCUUCGACCUCUGCGGCCCCAGCCCCAGUUCCCGCAACACCCUCGCCUGCUGGCGCCGCCGGUGCGGCUGCCACGGCUGCAGCUCCCUUCAACGACCCGUCCGCGUUGGCCAUGGGCGCUCAGGGCGAGUCUGUGAUUUCUCAGAUGGAAGCAAUGGGAUUCCCGAGACCCGAGAUUGAGAGGGCCAUGAGAGCAGCUUUCUACAACCCCGACCGCGCCGUUGACUAUCUACUGAACGGCAUUCCGGACAACAUCCAACAAGAACAGCGAGCCGCUGCCGCGGCACCGGCAGAGCAACCCGCUGCUGCCCCCUCUGGUGGUGCCACUGCCACUGGCGGCGAUGAGCCCGUCAACUUGUUUGAAGCUGCCGCUCAAGCUGGAACCGGACAGGGUGCGGGACGUGGAGCGCGUGGUGGUGCUGGCGCUGCUGGAGGGGAGGCAUUGGCUAACCUUGACUUCCUCCGAAACAACCCGCACUUCCAGCAGCUGCGUCAGCUAGUGCAGCAGCAACCUCAUAUGCUCGAGCCAAUCCUGCAGCAAGUCGGAGCUGGUAACCCUCAGCUCGCACAACUGAUCGGACAGAACCAGGAGCAGUUCCUCCAGUUGUUGAGUGAAGAUCUGGACGACGAGUCUAUGCUUCCUCCCGGUACUCAGGCAAUCACUGUUACGGAGGAGGAGAGAGAUGCUAUUGAAAGACUCUGUCGACUAGGCUUCCCCAGAGACUCCGUCAUUCAGGCUUAUUUCGCGUGUGACAAGAACGAGGAACUUGCUGCAAACUUUCUCUUUGAGCAGCCAGACGAAGGAGAUGAGCAGUAAUCUGUCCACCAUCAUUUC